AUGAUUUUACAACGAAGUUCAUUGUCAGUAUCACGUGCAUGUGGUAACGAUGCAGACUGCGGAACACCCUUUACAAAAGUCCAACGAAUUGAAAUGUUACCAAAAGGAAAAAUAUUGACAGAUGAGGAUGCUGAAAAACACAACAGAAUUUGUAGAAUGGUCAUUGGGAAAGGAGGACAGAACUUCAAACAACUGACAUCAGAGCUUGGAUCUGCUAUUAAUGUGGAAACCCUAAAACCUGGUCACAUACUUGUUUCUGGGACUGAAGCUGAAAUUGUGAAGAGAGCAGUUGAAAAAUUGAAACUGGAGGUCCAAAGAUCAAAGAAUGCAAUUGAUAUGGUUCUACCGUUUGAAGAAAAGGUAUUGACAGAUGAGGAUGCUGAAAUACACUCCAGAAUUUGUGCAAUGAUCAUUGGGAAAGGAGGACAGAACAUUAAACAAUUGAAAUCAGAGCUAGGAUCUGCUAUUUAUGUGGAAACCCUAAAACCUGGUCACAUACUUGUUUCUGGGACUGAAGCUGAAAUUGUGAAGAGAGCUGUUGAAAAAUUGAAACUGGAGGUCCAAAGAUCAAAGAAUGAAAUCGAUAUGGUUCUACCGUUUGAAGAAAAGGUAUUGACAGAUGAGGAUGCUAAAAUACACUCAAUAAUUUGUCGAGUAAUCAUUGGGAAAGGAGGACAGAACAUUAAACGAUUAACAUCAGAGCUAGGGUCUAAUAUUCGAGUGGAUAUCCAAAAAUCUGAUCAUAUACUUGUUUCUGGAACUGAAGCUGAAAUGGUGAAGAGAGCUGUUGAAAAAUUGAAACUGGAGGUCCAAAGUUCAAAGAAUGAAAUUGAUCUAUCCUUUGCAGAAAAAGUGUUGACAGAUGUGAAUGCUGAAAAACACUCCAGAAUUUGUGCAAUGAUCAUUGGGAAAGGAGGACAGAACAUUAAACGAUUGACAUCAGAGCUAGGUUCUAAUAUUCGAGUGGAUAUCCCAAAAUCUGAUCAUAUACUUGUUUCUGGAACUGAAGCUGAAAUGGUGGAGAGAGCUGUUGAAAAAUUGAAACUGGAGGUCCAAAGAUCAAAGAAUGCCAUCUAUUAA